ACUGGAUGCUGUGAGCAGUGUUAGCUAGUAAAUAUAUCCCUAAAAUAUCCCCAAAAUGAAACUUCCAGCAAAGAUUAUUUGGCUUACGUUAUGGGCUGUUUGUGUAGGAGAAGAAACAACAUGCAAACCUCCUUAUAUUCCAAAUGGUUUUUACUCACCUGAAAAGAGUAAAUACAGAACUCAAGAUGAAAUCAGAUACCAGUGUAAAGAUGGUUUUUAUCCUUCAACCCAGGGAAAUACAGCAAAAUGCACAAAGAUUGGCUGGGUACCUGCUCCAAGAUGUAGCUUUAAACCUUGUGAUUUUAUGCAAAUAAAACACGGAAGGCUAUAUAAUGAAGAGCGAUAUAGACCAUACUUUCCAGUACCUGUAGGAAAGUAUUUUUAUUAUCACUGUGAUCAAAAUUUUGUGACAUCUUCAGGAAGCUACUGGGAUAUUAUUCAUUGCACACAAGAAGGAUGGUCACCAGCGGUACCAUGUCGCAGACAAUGUACUUUCAGUUAUGUGGAGAAUGGACAUAAACCAAGGUACGAAAGAAAAUAUCUACAAGGUGAAUCUGUGCAAGUCACCUGCUAUCGUGGCUACAGUCUUCCGGAGGAGCAGACCACAGUGACAUGUACCGAGAAUGACUGGUCCCCUCCUCCCAGGUGCAUCCGUGUCAUAUCUUGUGAUAUGCCAGUAUUUGAGAAUGCCAGAGCCAAAAGUAACAGCACAUGGUUUAGGCUCAAUGACACACUGGACUAUGAAUGCCAUAAUGGAUAUGAAAGCGAAGGUGAAAGCACCACAGGUUCCAUAGUAUGUGGUGAAGAUGGCUGGUCCCGUUUGCCAACAUGCUAUCAUCCUACAGAAAAGUGUGGACCUCCAAAAGCUAUUAGCAAUGGAGACAUCACCUCCUUCCUAUUAAAAAUGUAUCCUCCAGGAUCAAGAGUUGAGUACCAAUGCCAGUCCUACUACACACUUCAGGGUUCUAAAUAUGCAACUUGUAGUAAUGGAGAGUGGUCAAAACCACCAAGAUGCAUAGAUCCAUGUAUUAUAACUGAAGAAAACAUGAAUGAAAACAACAUACAGUUAAAAGGGAAAAAUGACAAAAAAUACUAUGCAAAAGCAGGGGAGACUAUUGAAUUCAUGUGUAAAUUGGGAUAUAGUGCAAAUACAGGAAUGCUAUCAUUUCAAGCAGUGUGUCAGGAAGGGAUAGUGGAAUAUCCAAGGUGUAAAUGAACAAGCCUGCUAACCUAAAUGUGCGGCCAGCUUCCAUUUCUCACUUAUUGCCUCAAACUGUGCAGUGAUAACUUCUGAUGUUUUAAAUAUUUUCUACUUUAUUUCCAAAAAGAUAAAU